UGUGAAUCGGGGGGCAGUGGAAUGUCCCUCAAAGUGGGGACCCUGUGUUGUUCCUUGUCAACACACGGCCUCUUACAAAGCACAAGUGGUGAUGUCACCUGCUCCUUAGUCCCAGUAUGAGUCCCUCCCAUUCCCAGAGUAUUCCACUGCCCUGUAUCUUCAAGCCCAUUCUUCUUCACAAAGAGCUGCCAUGACCGUUCCAGCCUGUCCUACCUGAUCACUAAUGUUUCAGUUCCUGGGAGCAAGAAGCCCUUCUGUGACACUGAACAACCUGCCCUGCCCUGUCACAGUGACGGUUAUUUGCACUCACGGAGAGUGAUCAGGUGCCUCCCCAUGAGGACAGGCCAGAGUACAACAGUUCAGUGAAACACUGUGGGCUGCACAAGCAGAAGCAGAGUCACUGGUUGAUGAGUGGGUCUCCCAGGCUCACUCCUUGGAAGAGAUCUGAAAGUUUAAUUGAAUCUGUCACUUCCAAGCUCCUCUCAGGCCAGCUACCCUUCAUUUAAUGCCCAGAGAAAUCAUCAGCCACAGGAAGAAGCGUGAUCAUGUUUCCAUAUCUGGGGACAGAAUAUCUAAGAGGACACCUAAGAGAAAGGAAACCUUUUCAGUCUAUAUUUACAAAGUACUGAAGCAGGUGCACCCAGACCUCACCAUCUCCUCCAAGGCCAUGAGCAUCAUGAACUCCUUUAUCAACGACAUGUUCGAGCGCUUGGCCUCAGAGGCCUCACACCUGGCCCAGUACAGCCACCGCUCCACCAUCACCAGCCGUGAGGUGCAGACGGCGGCCCGGCUCCUGCUGCCCGGCGAGCUGGCCAAGCACGCCGUCUCUGAGGGCACCAAGGCCGUCACCAAAUACACCAGCAGCAAGUGACCACCCGGCCCUAGUGAAACCAGCCCAGGCCCCACUUCUUGUGGAGUCUUGCGGGAGCUGGUAUUCAGUCUUACUCAACUGAGAAAGCAAAGCCUCCUGUUAGCUGCCUGCAAAUAAAAA